AGGUGGUUGCAGAAGAAUUGAGUUGGUGGGUACAUGACAUUCCCUUUGGCAAUGAAUGUGAGCCAAAACCUUCCGCUGCAAACAACGAUCCAUCUUCCUCUUCCGCCAAAUGUUCCAAUUUCACGGAGACACACUUUCUCUCCUCUCACUUCAGCUUCAGAGACUACCAAUCAAACACUUAUGCCAACCAUGUCCGAUAUUCUAGAAGCUUCCAGAGCACAGAAACUCGACCUUCACCUCAAAACUUUCGGACCCUUUUUCAGAAUCACAGCAAGGAGCUUGGUAACCCACAGAGAGCUUGGAAGGGCUGAGGGAUUCAUAAGAUUCUGGAUCGAAGGCACCAUUCUUCACUUGGACUCUAUCAAACUCCAAAGAGAAACUCUUGCCAUGGAAAAAUCAAUAUUUGGACUUGGUUUGUUCAUUGGAGCCGUUGCAAUUCGACAUGGAUAUGAUUCUGGCUGCAAAAUAGCUCAGUUAUUAGCCAUCAAUGAUUCAGAUCUUUACCAUUCUAAGUUGGUGAGGUUCUACACGAGACUUGGGUUUAAACGAGUGUACGAAGUGACAGGCUCAUCGGUUGGGGAUCUUGCACACAUGCUUGUGUGGGGUGGUGUUGGUACCCGCAUGGAUGCCAGUGUUGAAGAACUCAUGAUAAAAUGGUGUACAAGAUUUAAAGCACCACAUAAAUGAUUCAAUUUUUAGCAAAGGCAAGAACACAGUAAGAAAAUAUAGAUAGUAGCAAAAAAAUAUCAUUCUUUUGCAUCAACAUCAGGGCUUAUGAUGGAUUUGCAGCUGACAUAUGUUCGAUUUUGUAAUUUAUGCAUACAUAUUUUUCUUUUAACAAAUAUAUAUACAUAUUUUGUAAUUUAUUUAGUGUAAUCAUACACGUCAAAGUUUAUUUAC